GGUCGACGAGUGACUGCAUCAACAAUAUUUAUUUUUUUAUACGUGUUCGUGGUUCAUUUUUUGUUUUUCGCCUGUAAUUUGAAUGAGCUGCACGCAAUGCACGCCAAGCUGAGUGAAAUGGAAAUGCGAGUUGCAGCGCGUCUCAACGAGACACUGGGCAAAGAUGCCAAUCAGCUGCAUCGCGCUGCUUUCCUAGUCGAAAGCUACAAGCAGGAAUUGAAAAGCAUAAAUCAAACUCUCAACUAUGAGGAGCCGCAGAAUGUGUCCAGCUACAAGUCGGCGCUCAACUGCCAGCAGCAGGUCUGCGAGAGCAUCGACUUUGAGCUGGCGAAACUAGCCCAAUUUCGCGAGAAACUAGAAUCGAAGCUGGAGGAUUGCCAGCCAGCAUUACAGGGUAUCGCGGAGGACCUGCAGCAGGUGCGUCAGCUUCAGAAUGUGACGCAGUAUUUGCGUCUCGUGCAGGACAUCCAGGAGAUUAGCACAGCGCUGAGCCAGUCCAUCAAUGGUAAGGAUGAGGAGAAGCUGGUUAAUCUCUAUCUGACGCUCUACGAGGGCAAUGAUUGCGAGCACAGCGUUGUGGGUCGCUUACAGGCUGUGCAGGCACGCUCCCUGAAAUCCUACGCAGAGACCACUGCCAUCUAUUGGCAUAAAUUGCUGCUGCAGCGCCUCUCCAGCGAAUUUGAGGCGGUGCUCAAAGCGAUGCGCUGGGCGCAUCUGGAGCAGCAGCCCCUCAACUACUCACCCAGUCGAGACACUGCCAAGGCCCAGCUGCUCGCCGAGUACAUCUUUCUAAUUAAAUCUCCCGCGGAGGAGCGUGCUCCACUGCAAAGGAUUACGCCCAGCAUUGCUUGUCCGCCGAUUAGUCAGGUGGUCCAGUUGCUAUUGGCACCAUAUCGCCAGCGUUUCAUGUUCCAUUUUAUGGGCACGCGGCAAACAAAUCGUUUGGACAAACCCGAAUGGUUCUACACCCAAAUCAUCAACUGGGGCAAACAGACGCAUUUCCUCGUUGGCAAAACAUUUCAACCGGCCGCAAUGAAAGCUGGCAAACUGGAUUACAAUUUGAGGUUGGAGUUCAUGCGUGGGUUGGUGCAGCUGACAAUUGAGAAACUCGCAGCAGACAUUGAGCAAAUUGCCCAGGAUGAUCAUCUGUUUGCCCAUCUCCUCGACGAGACGCUGGCCUUUGAGGCGGACCUGCGUGAGACUUUUGGCUAUCCGGCGAGCUUUCCCAGCGCCAUCUCUGUGCUGACACAGCCCAUGUAUCUGCUGAAAUGGAUUGCGCUCGAGGAGAAGUUCUGUGCCGAGAAAAUGGAUCACAUACUGCAGGCGGAGGCGCCGUUUCUGCUCAUCGAUCCCAAUACGUAUGAGGAUGAUCUGAAGAUACCGCGUUGUGCGGAUCAAUUUAUGCGCCUGCUGGAGGCCAUCAAGGAUCGCUAUUAUGCCCUCAUCCAGCCGGGUCAUCAGUUGCAGUUUCUGUCUCUGCAACUCGAACUGAUUGACAGCUUUCGGCGGCGUCUCGUGCAGUUGCACAAUAGUGACGCUGUGACCAGUUUGCCGGUGCUGAAUGCCUUCAAUUAUUUGAUCAUGGUGCUCCGAGAGUGGGGUGAAAAUGUCCACUAUUUACAUUUGCAUGCAGCGCUGGCGGGUCCCAAUGCCAGUGAGAUUAAUUCGGUGUUUGAGCAUCCCGUUGCCGAACUCGAGCACUGGGCACGUCAACUGAUGGGCAAUCUGGUCAACAAGGCGGUCUAUGUGAUGAAGGCCAAGUCGAUGAACUAUCGCCACGAUGCCUGGGCCAGCAUGCCCGAACAGAAUAACCGGGAACCGUUCAUACUCUCACCCAGUGGUGGUGAAAUGUUCCAAGUGCUCGUCAUGGUGCUGCACAAUUUGGAGAGUGAGCUUUCGGCGAACCUGUUCAAUCAGACGCUGCGCCUGAUGGCCCAACAGAUCGAUGACUACAUGUUGGAGAGCAUGGUGCUCAACACGAGAUUCGCACCAGCGGGCGCCGCUCAAUUUAACUACGAUAUGACGCUGCUCUUUGCCCUCUUUGGCCAAUAUACGCGACGACCCGAGCUGCUCUUCAAGCGAAUUCACGACGCUUGCAAAUUGCUGACGGCGGCGCGGGGCACAGCUUUAUUAUUGCUGGAAACGCUACGCAGUGUUGACACAUCGGUGGAGGAGAAAACGAAACCAUUGCAUGAGCUCCGCGUGCUCAGUUUGGACAGCAGACAGUGCAUUGAAGUGCUCGAGCGUCGGACAGACAUCAAAAUAUAUUUUUAAUAAAGCUGAUCUGGCUGAUUUAAAAAGAAAAACAAAAAACAAGACUUUGUUGACCGGCCAAUGA